CAGUCCCUCGGCCGCUAGUCGGAGCGAGUGGCGGCGAGGAGAUCCUGGCCGCUCCGCCAGCACUUGCCGCAGCUGCCGCCGCUCCCACCCGCGAUCGCAGCCCAGCAGCUGGGAAACGCCCCCCCCGCAGACUGGGCUGCGCAGCGUGGGAGGGUUAGCGGUCCCGGAGGAACGAUUCCGAACUUGCAAGGGGACCGCGGCUCUCCCGGGCCUGGAGAGUAUGAACAGGAUUGCUGCUUUACAGUGAUAUGGUGAAACCAAGGGCUGGAACCAAAAAGAUCUUCUCAGCUCUUUAGUUUGAACCACAGUGAAUUGUCUACCAGCAGCCGGCAUGGCUAAAAGUUCAGAGGUCAAACUGGCAAUAUUUGGGAGAGCAGGCGUGGGCAAGUCAGCUCUUGUAGUGAGAUUUCUGACCAAACGGUUCAUCUGGGAAUAUGAUCCCACCCUCGAAUCAACCUACCGACACCAAGCAACCAUUGAUGAUGAAGUUGUCACCAUGGAGAUACUAGAUACUGCUGGCCAGGAAGACACCAUUCAGAGGGAAGGACACAUGCGAUGGGGGGAAGGCUUUGUGCUGGUCUAUGACGUUACUGACCGAGGAAGUUUUGAGGAAGUGCUGCCACUUAAGAACAUCCUGGAUGAGAUCAAAAAGCCCAAGAAUGUGACUCUCAUCUUGGUUGGAAACAAAGCUGACUUAGACCACUCCAGACAGGUUAGUACAGAAGAAGGGGAGAAGCUGGCCACAGAAUUGGCAUGUGCUUUUUAUGAGUGUUCUGCCUGUACCGGGGAAGGGAACAUCACUGAGAUAUUCUACGAGCUGUGUAGAGAGGUACGUCGCCGGAGGAUGGUCCAGGGCAAGACGAGGCGACGCAGCUCCACCACGCACGUCAAGCAAGCCAUUAACAAGAUGCUCACCAAAAUCAGCAGUUAGGCAGCUCUGUUCUUGUGAAGGCCCUGCUCAGGUGGGUUGGGUAAUUGGAAACACUUUCUUGCCCUUUUUCCCUUUUUCUCCCCCCAAAUAAAAGAAAAUACUCCAUUCCUUGUUCUGACUCUGGGAAACAUCUGGGCUUCCCACUGGUCCCAGCCUCCCAUAUGUUGGGAAGUUACAGAGUGUUUUAAUGCAAUUUCAGUGCUGACAAUCUAUCUUUUGCCUGCUUGAAUAAAAUAUGCUCUAUUGCAGUUUGAA